ACCCUUCAAAGUCCAAGAAGAUCGAAGAGCCUUCCCUCUUGAACAGCAGAUAAGACAUUUCUCCCCCCCCCUCUCCUUCCUCCAUCGCUCCCAUCAGGAAGGCCCACGCCAUGAAGAAGCUCUACCGCAGAUCAGUCACCGUCCACCCCUCGCCGCCCCCGGCGCCCCCGGCGCCGCCCAUCUACGACCACAACCACCUCCUCUCCCUCCUCCCCGCUGCCAUCCUCGCCCUCACCGCCGCCCUCUCCCCUCAAGACAGGGAGGUCCUGGCCUAUCUUGUCUCCAGCUACAACAACAACCACUUCAACAACCGCGGCAAGAACAGAAGCAGCAACUGCGACCACCCUCCUUGCUUCACCUGCGACUGCUUCCGGUGCUACAUGAGCUACUGGGUCCGGUGGGACUCGUCACCGAACCGCCAGCUCAUACACGAGGUCAUCGAUGCCUUCGAGGACGGGCUGGUGCUCAAGAGCAAGGGCAAGAACCACCACAGGGGCGUGAAGGGCAAGAACGGCAGGGACAGGAGGAACAGAUCAGGGCUCGGCGCCGCGCAGCCGGCCGCCGAGCCGAAGGGGCCCGAGCCGAGCCCGGCCAAGAGCGAGUCGGCCGACAAGAAAGAAGAGGCGAACUCUGGCGGCGGCGAGGUGGGUAGCGGCGGAGAGGAAGAGCUGGAGAAAGGGUCGGUGAGGAGGCUGGUGAGCUUCAUCGGAGAGAGGAUUUGGAGUGCUUGGAAUUGAUCU